CCAGCACCAGGGGCUCGAGACCAGCCGCCCGCCGGGGCCGCGCAGAGCCGGAAUCCUCGCUUGACGUCAGCCCAGCCGCGGCGGCUUCCCCGGCGGGCGUCCCGGAGCGGGACCGGGAGGAGGAGGAGGCAGCGGCGGCCGGGGAGGCGCGCGGGGCGGCGCAGCAUGCUGGUCGCCUCCCGGGGCCGGCGCCGUAGUCGUCGCUGCUGCCGCCGCUGCCGCUGCUGUCGGGGCCUCCUCCUGCUGCGCCGCCGCCGCCGCCGCCCAUGGAGCUGGCGCUGGUAACGCUGGAGAACGGCGGCGCCACGGCCAUCGGCGGCGAGGCGGGCGGCGGGCGGGCGCCGCGGCGCAGGGGUGACCUGCUGCAGCUGCCCCCGUCGGCCGCCUGGCUGAGCGAGUGCGGCGGCAAGGAGGGCUGCCCGCAGGCGGCGGCCGAGCGGGCCGAGCAGCAGGGCGAGGCGGCGGCCGGGGGGUCUUCGGUGCCCCCGCCGCCCCCGCCGGCGCCGGCGGUGCUGCCCCGCGGCCUCCUCCUGCGCCCGCCGCUGCCGCCGGCCGAAGAGGCGACGGUGGCGCCCGAGGAAGGCCACCACCGGCUGGGCAUGGCCAUGGCGCGGGGCCCGUCGUCCGCGGGCGGCCCGUCGUCGUCGUCGGCCGAGGAGGAGGAGGAGGAGGAGAGCGGCAGCGCCCUGCCCGGCCAGCAGCGGGUGCUCAUCAACAUCUCCGGGCUGCGCUUCGAGACCCAGCUGGGCACCCUCAACCAGUUCCCGGACACGCUGCUGGGCGACCCCCAGAAGCGCAUGCGCUACUUCGACCCCCUGCGCAACGAGUACUUCUUCGACCGCAACCGGCCCAGCUUCGACGGCAUCCUCUACUUCUACCAGUCCGGCGGCAAGCUGCGGCGCCCGGUCAACGUCUCCAUCGACGUCUUCGCCGACGAGAUCCGCUUCUACCAGCUGGGCGAGGAGGCCAUGGAGCGCUUCCGCGAGGACGAGGGCUUCAUCAAGGAGGAGGAGAAGCCCCUGCCCGCCAACGAGUUCCAGCGCCAGGUCUGGCUCAUCUUCGAGUACCCCGAGAGCUCCAGCUCCGCCCGGGGCAUCGCCAUCGUCUCCGUCCUGGUCAUCCUCAUCUCCAUCAUCACCUUCUGCCUGGAGACCUUGCCCGAGUUCCGCGACGAGCGGGAGCUCCACGUGCCCCUGAUCUCGCCCCUCAACGCCACCUCGGGGGAGGUCCCCCGGCAGCACCCCUCGCCCCCCAGCACCCUGACCGACCCCUUCUUCAUCAUCGAGACCACCUGCGUCAUCUGGUUCACCUUCGAGCUGCUGGUGCGCUUCUUCGCCUGCCCCAGCAAGCCCGAGUUCUCCAGGAACAUCAUGAACAUCAUUGACAUAGUGGCCAUCAUCCCCUACUUCAUCACCUUGGGCACAGAGCUGGCGCAGGAGCAGCAGAAGAGGGAGCAGCCCGGCGCCGCCGGCAACGGGGGUCAGCAGCAAGCCAUGUCCUUGGCCAUCCUCCGGGUCAUCCGCCUGGUGAGGGUCUUCCGGAUCUUCAAGCUCUCCCGGCAUUCCAAGGGGCUGCAGAUCUUGGGGCAGACUUUGAAAGCUAGCAUGAGAGAACUGGGGCUCCUCAUCUUCUUUUUGUUCAUCGGGGUGAUCCUCUUCUCCAGCGCCGUCUAUUUCGCUGAGGCCGAUGACCCCGAGUCACAUUUUUCGAGCAUCCCGGAUGCCUUCUGGUGGGCGGUGGUCACCAUGACCACAGUGGGCUACGGAGACAUGAGGCCUGUCACAGUCGGGGGCAAGAUUGUGGGCUCCUUGUGUGCCAUUGCGGGCGUGCUCACCAUUGCCCUGCCCGUCCCUGUCAUCGUGUCCAACUUCAACUACUUCUACCACCGAGAAACGGACCACGAAGAGCAGGCCAUCCUGAAGGACGAUCCUAGCAGUGCUCAAGGCAGCGCAGCUGGGGACUUGAAGAGGCGCAUGAGCAAAAACUCUUUGGACAAAUCUGUUGUGCACUUGGAGAACGCAGAAGGGGUCAACAACGGAACGGGAUCAGUAGAGAAAGCCAAUAUUAAAGCUAAAAGCAACGUAGAUCUCAAAAAAUCUCUCUAUGCACUCUGUCUAGACACCAAUAGGGAAACAGACUUAUAGGACACGAGACACCCAUGGGGGUGUGGGCUGCUGUGAUGGCAUCAUUGGGAAGGGUACCUAACACUGCCACUUAGUUAAUUAAAUUAGGAUAUAUUUUAAAUAGGGUAGCCGUACUAAAGAAACCUCCAGGAAAGGCAAGGGUUUUUUAAAAGAAAAAUCUUUUCCCAUGAGAUGGAGAGUUCCUCCUGUUUACGAAACCAGAUAUGAUCAAGCCGGCUUCACCUCCCCGAGGCUUUGAUGCCCUUAACAAGUGCACUGAAUGCUGUUUGCAGAUGUUUAUUUUAGUAAAGCAAAAAUACCAUACGUACGAAGUGGUUUCUAAACAGCUAAUUUGUAGCACAAUUUACUAGUCCACCCUCCCCUCUCCCCACAGUAAAUGAAUUAUUUGUCGGUACUGUAGUUUUCAACCUGAAAUAUUUCUAUUUUCUGUAUGUGUCAUUCUACUGAUUGAAGGAAAAAAGGCACUUUUCUAGGACUCAGAGCUUCAUGAAAGCUUUUAAUGACUUUUACCUAAGGAACACAUUCCCCGUCUUUUUUUUUUAAAGUACAGAAUCAGUUUUCUCCUCUGUGAUGUGAAUGUGAUACUUUCAGCCUUCUAGCAGAAUACGUUUUUGUCGUCAAGAGUUGGGUUUUUGUUUUCUUGGUGAGCCUUAAAUUAUUAAAAACCCAGAUCCGUUUCUUGAUACGUACCUUUAAUACUGUUAUAUUUCUGACAAUACGAGUCAUGUGCUUUUUAUCCCAAGAAACAAAAAUCUGUGGAGUUUUUUGUUCGUUUUUUUUAAGACAUAGCUAGUAUUUUCAAAGACCUUUUUUUAAAAAUAAAAGAAAAGAAAAUUGGAACAUUAUUUAUUAUUCUUAUUAUAAGUUUGGUCCAAGUGCACAACAGAUCAAAGGCGCUGGGGAUAAGAACAAGCGAGCGAACAAAUACGUUCAGGCAGUCUUUUGGAUUUGUGCGCUGCCUAGUACCAUACAUCAGUCCCAAUGGGCAUCCGCUUGGAUAGAUGUCUUGCCAUUUUUAAUGGCAGUAUUUCCACAAUGGAAGGCAAGAGAAUCUAUCACAGAAGGCAGUAUGAUUUCAGCAACACUCUUGCGGCUUAGGGUGUGGAGGGGGAGAGGGAUCGUUGAUUUGUCAAAAUGGGAUACGUUUUUCGGUUUGCACAUGCUCCUGAACAAACUACAUUCACCAAGGUGUGUGCUGCCUUACAGCAGCUAAGAUAACAAGCUUGCGGAGCCAACAGCUGAACAUGGGAAAAAAAACACACAAACCAGAGGUCUGUCUUGAUCUUUCUGUUGUUGUCACGGCUGCCAAGGACCAAGUUCUCUGGGGUCUGUGUGAUCGUUUUGUCCCUCUCUACUUUUUGGCAAGUUCCUGCUGCAUCGGGAGUGGAGGUCUCUCUCCUUUGUACGGUGUGACACGAGUUCUGCCAGAGGAUCAGCAAUCAAGGGGCUGUAUGAGAAGAUAUGCAGGGCACAUUUUUUACAGUUCCCAAUAGAUCUUCUGUUGAUUUUCUUUUCUUUUUAAAUUUAUAUUUACACCUUCGGUUGAACUUAUUGUUUUUUUUGUAUAUUAUGUAUUUUUAUUUCCAUAUUUGUAAAAAUGUUUAUUUUUUCAUUUAUGCGGAAAAAAGGCAUAAUUGUGGAUUGAUGUUUUAUGUAAUUUGUGGAAUGUGUUUCUCUGUAAAAGCACAAAUUUGGCAGCCAGUUUUUCAAUUCAGCCAUGAUCUGGUCCUGUUUCGAGAGUAGAUACAAACUCUCUGCAGUUUCAGCAGAAAAGAUAAAGAGAUAAUAGUUGGGGGAAAGGCAUGGAAGGGUCCUGGACCUGUCUUCUGGAUUUAGCUCCUGUUAGCAUCAGUAUAAAUUUUGCAUCGAAUUUAGCAUCAGUGAAUCGGGUAACUAAUUGUGUGAUGUGUGAGUUGGAGACCCGACCAUGUGCUUGGGAAGACCCCCCUCCACAAGCUCUGGAAGGAG